AUGCCAGAAAAUUGCGCAUUUGGAGGUGUUUCAGUUAUUGCUGUUGGUGACUUUUAUCAGCUUCCCCCUGUGAGAACAAAACGCACAGAUAAAUUGUAUGUGAAUGACCCUGCAAACCCAAUGAAUCAGUUAUGGAUCGAGUUAUUUUCAAUUGUUGAAUUGGAUGAAAUAAUGCGACAAAAAGAAGAUGGCUCUUUUGCAUUACUUUUAAACAGAUUGCGUGUGAAAAAAGGCAAUGAGACAUUGUCUGUGUCAGAUAGAGAGACAUUACAACAAUGCAUUAGAGAGGGUCCUUUGGAAGCUUUGCACAUAUUCUCAACAAAUGAGGAGAUCAAUGCAUAUAACAAUGAUAUGAUAUUAAAGACAUGUCCUGAACCAAAAUUGAUUGAAGCAGAGGACUUUGACAAAAAGAAAGCAUCUGGCAAACUCUUGAAAAGAGACACCCACUUUACCAAAUCUGACAUCUGCCUUCGAUCUUCUCUUCUAUUGGCAGAGGGAGCAAGAGUAAUGUUAAUAAGAAAUGAAGAUGUUCACGAUGGACUUGUAAACGGAGUGAUGGGCACAAUUGCGCACAUUGGAAAACAGUCCGGUUCAUCACUGCCAGCUGUCAUCUACAUUCAUUUUGACAAUGAAAAUGUGGGCAAAAAUGCAAAAUUACAAAAGGUGAUAAAUGAUAAAAGAUGUGUAGGACUGCAUCCUUCGACAGAAGACGUUCCUAUGAAAAAUGGUGUUAGGAAACAGUAUCCUUUACAAUUGGCUUGGGCCUGCACUGUCCACAAAGUUCAAGGUUUAACAGUUAAAGAAUGUGUCGUUGAUUUGAACAAAUGUUUUGCGCCUGGCCAAGCUUAUGUUGCCUUAAGUAGAGUUACUUCAAUAAAUGGACUUUACAUCAAUGACAUGGAUGUAAGAAAGUUCACAAGAAGAUACGCUGUGAUCCUGACAUUGAAGGUGGCAUUUCAUUAA